UAAGACCCGUCUUGUUGAUUUGUGAAUGUAAACAGAAGCUACCAAUGCUAUCAAAUUUGGUCUAGGUAUGUCGUGUUUUGUUUUAGUUUUUACAAUUUUUAUAAAUAUUUCGUGAAAAAGAGGUCCUCAACCAACCGGGGAUGUCCUGUGUAGUCCCCUUUUGUGAUCCGGAUGGACAAAGUUUCACACUCCGUUUUCCCCGCAAUCAGCUGCUAAUCCAGCGAUGGUGUCAAGCGAUCGAGCUGGGCACGGGCGUAGCACUACCGGACCCACUUGAUCCACUGCUGGCGGAGGUUUGCCAGCAGCACUUUCAAGAGGUGGACGAGUACAGCGAACCCAUCAUUUUCCAGAAUGCGAGCUUGGGCCGACAAGUGCAUCUGGCGAGCUGCCGACUCUGCUUGGAAUUCGAUUACGCUGAGAAGUUUAUUCCGGCCGGUAGUGGAACGACCACCAUUGGCACGAUGGCCAUCGGCGAAGCACUCAAGGCCAUCGGUUGCGGAAUACAACUGACUGGUUCCGACUUCCUGGACAACAUCUGCGAGGAAUGCUUGGUCCGGUUGGAUUUGGCUGUGGCCCUAAGACGGAAGUUUUUCGAGUGUUCCAAGAGCUUUCAGCGGAUGGGACUUUUCAUCAGGGAAGAGAACCGGCUGAGGUACAAGCGAGUGCCCAAGGUUGAGGUGGUGGAGGAGGUAUUACAGGAUGAACAAGUUGGGUCUUCCGAAUUUUUAGUUGCUGUAGAACCACUCGUCAAAGUUGAAACAAAGCCUGAAAUUGAAAUGAUUGAUCUCGAUUUGACUGACAUUGUAGAGGAAGAUGACGAUCAGGAGAUAGAAGAGGAAUAUAUUGAGCAGGACGACGAUUGCAAGGAUGGUUCCGCCCAUGAAGACGUUUCUGUUGAAGCGAAAAACGAAGCCGAUGCAUCCGAUGAGUUGCCCAAAACACAGAAACGAAAACGAGGACGCCCACGUGGUUCCGGGCAGCCUAAUAUGAGUAGAAAAAGGUGUAAACUGAAGGGAUUGACCGAACGAAAAUGUUACAUGUGCGUUCAGCUGUUCGAGACAGCAGAAGAGCUUUUUUCACACAUGGUCGAGCACGUGGAUCACAACCUAACCUGUGAAGCCUGUGAUGAAUCGUUCCCCAACUUGACCAAGUACAAUCGGCACCUGUCCAAGCAUGACCCGGUGGAACGACCGAUAAAGUGUGACCAUUGUGAGCUUCGAUUUACCGAUAGACUGGGAAAAAGACGUCAUGAAAAGUUGAAACACAACGUAGAUCAUGCGGUAACAACGUUUAGUUAUGCCGAUAGGCCGAAAGGAAAGUUUACUUGCCAGCACUGUGGCAAGCAGUGCAUGUCGUUGUCGUUCUUGAAGGAACAUGAAGACGCCCACGCUGGUAUCAAACGACACGAGUGUAAAUCUUGUGGCCGAUUGUUUGCCAACAAGAACAAUCUCGAACGACACCAUCUCAUUCACACUUCGGAAAAGCCGUACAAAUGCGAAGUUUGUGGUAAAGCCUUCCGUCAAUCUCCUAUGUACAAAGAUCACCUUCGGUUACACUCCGGUGAAACGCCCUACGCCUGCAAUGGAUGCGAACUUCGUUUCACAUCUACCACCCUAUUGCGGAAGCACAAAAUACGUCACCACGGUAGUUCGUCUGCUCAGAGUCAAACGGGUCUUGCCUUGGCUCCUCGGGCCCAAAACUGCUGCCGUUUCUGCACCAGCACUUUCAAACGUCACUCAUUGUUGGUGGAACACAUUCAGCGAACCCAUUCAAACGAAGAGGUACAAUUCUUUCAGUGUCAAACGUGCGAACAACGGUUCGUGGAUCAAGCGAUCUUCGAGUCGCACGAGCGAAACCACGAAAAGAACUUUCAGUGUGGCUACUGUGACCGGGCGUUCAGCUCGCUGCAAGCGUUGAAAGCGCACGAACCCAUGCAUGACGGCGUACGGGGCUACACGUGCAAAACGUGCUCGAAAACGUUCAGCCACGUGGCCAACCUGAAGCGGCACGAGCUGCUCCAUCAGGGCAUCAAGAAGCACGAAUGCGACUUCUGCGGUAAACGGUUUGCACAGUCGAAUCAGCUGCACACGCACCGCCGAACGCACACCGGCGAGAAACCGUACGAGUGUCAAAUGUGCGGCAAACGGUUCGCUGACAACAGUACGCUGUGCAAGCAUCGGAAAAGCGUUUGCAAGACGGAUGUAGGUGGACCUGUUGUGGGUACGUAAUCAUGUGUGCAUGUCUUUUGACUAUAUAAAUAUAUAGAUGUUUUAUCGAUA